UGCCCAUGUGAACACCUACUCUGGAUCCUGUCUGGAAGGCAAAUUCCAUAACAGAGAUCGCCUUUGCCAUCUGUGAUAGCUUAAUUAAUAAGUAGGAAUGAAUUAUCAAGUGUGAAGAGCUAAGAACAGCCGGGUCAGUCUUCCAUUGUUAGUUAUAGUUAUAGCGGAUCGCCAAGAAGGCUAGCUUUCUCACCUGUAAUUGUAGAACAGUAGCUUUCGUCUAAUCGAGCAGACAAGGGGAAUCAUAGCUAGACUGAAGCCCUGAACUAUGGAUGGCUCUUCUGUGCACACUCUAAGGCAGUGGUAAUCCGAAAGCAAAGAAUGAAGCAGGUAGCAAUGGGAACUCAAAGACCGAAUUUCCACCCUUCUGAGAAAGCCUCUAUCUUGAUAUGCUUAACACAUGUUAAGAUGCUCUUUUUCUUCUUUCCCCCCUUUAUCACUCUCGUGCAAUUUCAGAGACAACUGAUGACUUCCCUGAGGACAAGAAGGGAACCGAAGGACAACUUUCAUCCGACAUCCGAACCGAGGACCGAUAUCGCGUAUACGAUCAUCUAUCUAAUGGCUAGCUAUCUUCAAGAUGAGACUGGAGCCGAGAAAGCAAGCUCACCAACUGGCUUCACCCGCCUUUCUAUCAGAGUUCUUCCCUCUUUCUGCUUUCUCCGUCUGUUGGCAUUGAGUGCGUCACCACCUUUGAUGUUGACUCUGACUCUGAGUGGUUAGAGGAUCAGCAGCAAACCUAUUUUUUCUUAUAUUACUUACCACCUCUAUCUCCAGAAAGGAAAACAAAAAAUGACAAUCCAUUCUAUAGUGUGUACUAAAUUACUUAGUACGAACGCACAUCUCGGCCGUCGGGUAGCUGCUCACCAUUUCUCAGUCUAUAUCUGUGGUUCCAGAAAUGGAAUUGCUAUUCUCGAUUCAGACAAGACAAAGAUUAGUUUACGAAACGCUCUUCAUUUUAUAGGAUCUCCCAUUCGUCAAAAAGGCCGUUCCUUCUUUUUAAAGACCAAUCAUGUAUUUCUAUAUGAGAUAAUGGAAGAAAUGGCGAGCUGUAUCAAUGAUUCUCAAUGGAGGAUCGGGGCUUUUUUGACCAAUUCUUGUUCAAGUCCGAAAAAAAUCCGUUCGAGAAAGAAGAAGAUCAAUUUAGGGUUGAACCAAGAACCUGAUUGUGUGGUUAUUCUGGAUGCAGAUAGAAAGUCUUCGGUCAUACUGGAAGCUGAUCGAUCACAAAUACCUAUUGCAUCCUUAGUUGAUUCUACGAUCCCAUUGGGAUCCUUUAAAAGAAUCACUUAUCCCAUUCCAGCGAAUGAUCCUAUACAGUUCGUAUAUCUAUUUCGUCAUUCGAUCACGAAAACAGUGAUUCUUGAACGGGGAAGAAUCGUUGCGAUGAAGGAGAAGAAGGAACUCAUCGAUCGACCUUUUCCAAGAAGAAUUGGUUUUAGUCGAUCGGUCGAGUGGUCACCAGCUAGUGAGACCAGUUUAUGGAUUGAACAAGAAUAGUACGACUUCGGGCUGGGCUGGAUGGAACAAGUGCGAACAAUCUUCGUACACAGCAGCCAACGUAACGUCCCGGGGCGGGGCGCUCUGACGAUGCAGAGAGCAAACAAAGGCGAGUUUUAAAUUUGCAUUUGUAGUCUUGUUGCACGGUAGAAGAAAUUCCAUCGUCGCCUUAUCUGAAGACGUAAGGCGAGGCCCUGUUUUUGCAAUGGAAGAGGAGAAAGGGGAGUGUAGCGGGCGGGGAGAGGCGGGACAAGGAGAAUCGAUCGUUAAUGGUGGUGAAGCAGAAGGAGGGCCUUCCUGGAGGUCACAUUCCGGGUAAGCAGGGUCGCAGGGACAGACAUAAAGCAGCAUGUGAAGCUAAAUUCCAUAGGGGGGAAGUGGGGGAGGGGACGGACCCGCUCGGAAGGACGGACCGGUAACCUGCAUCCGAUGAUAAGCCGGGAGGCAAGGGACGUGUUACGUAGUCCACGUCCGCUCCUCGGAAUAAGGGAUUCCCGGAGAUAUAGAUAAGGAUGAAAGACUGACUUCUAUCAAUGUCCGUCCCGUCGAUUCCCAUGAUCCCUGAUUCGGGUGGAGAAAUCCACGUGCCGCAGGUAGUGCUUCGGAAGGGAAAGAAAAAAAGACAAUUACGCAUGCUAUCGACUGAAUCGAAGGUGCUUGUUCUCGGGGAGAGAGAGGGAGAGGGGGGAGCUAAUAACCCCAUUCAAUGCUUAGCAAUACAUGACAUUUCCACGCACGGGGGACAUUGCCACGAGCGGAACAUUGAAUCUCGUAUCUGGUACUCCUACGCUCCAUUUCAUGGCGGGGAAGGCCGCCAUCGCAUUCAGCAAUCUUUCUUUGUACCAUACCCCACGGACAACUCACUUGUAUCUCCUCCCCAGCCAGUUAUGGAGGGGUUAGUAGGAAUGGAAGGGUAGAACACCCCAUUCGAAACGGACGGACGGAAUUUUCUACCCUUUCAUCCGUCUGCCCUUUCUGAAUCAACUACCUCGAUCGGGAGGGACAAAAACCCUUCCUGACACUGCAUCUUACCUCUCGUUCGCUAUUGACCGACUGGCGGCAUCCCACCGAUGAUGGGCAUUAUCUGAUUCAAUCGGAAGCAGUUAUUCUACAAUGCUGAGAUCCCUGCUCCAUAGGUGCGAGGUGGCGAUAGAAGGCAGAGAUGGAGAAUCGGGCGAGUGCUUUUCAUCUCUCGGGGAGGGCUGGCCGAAUAUUGAUUCUGAAAUGAAAUUGAUAAACAGCGAGAGGUGGGGAUAGAACUAUGGAGAGGGGAGCUUUUUCUCGACGAUAGUGCACUAGGGAAACCAUGGAGCGUCAAUAGCGAAUAGGUAGGUCCAAUGAGUAGGUCGUUAUGCAUCAGGUUAGUAGGUCGACUUGACCACCGAUCGUGGAUGAUGACUAGAAGGACCGGAUUGACCUUUUUCAGAUCCUUUCCUUUUGUUGUUGUUCCAGUGGUAUAGAGUUCGGGAAGAAUAGAAGGUCAAGGACGGGAAGGAUAGGCCGUGGAGGUGAUAGCAGUGACCAUGGACGAGGGCAAUCUUCGAUUGUGAAGGUUUUUUUUUUCAAA